UGUAAACUGUCUUUUAACCAGUCAGAGCAAUUUUUGCAGAGCCGGGAUCACGCCUGAGUUGUUGUCGUUGAUGCCAGUUGUACGAGCUAGCAUGUAGUGAGUCUGUAGCUUUUUUGUAUUUGCAAUAUGAAGAAUGGAAGUAGACGAUGUUACCAUCAGAGAGCAGAAUUUCCACAGCCAAGUUCGAGAGUACAUCAUUUGUUUCCUCCUGUUUGCAGUCCUCUACAUUGUGUCCUACUGCAUCAUAACCAGAUACAAGAGGAAGAGUGAUGACCAUGAGGAUGAAGAUGCUGUUGUCAACAGAAUAUCAUUAUACUUGUGCACCUUCACCCUGGCAGUGUCGGGUGGUGCCGUCUUCCUACUGCCUUUCUCAAUCAUUAGUAAUGAGAUCCUCCUCUCCUUCCCCAAAAACUAUUACAUUCAGUGGCUCAAUGGCUCCCUCAUCCACGGUCUGUGGAACCUGGUGUCACUGUUCUCCAACCUUUGCCUCUUCGUCCUGAUGCCCUUUGCUUAUUUCUUCCUGGAGUCUGAGGGAUUCGCAGGAUCGAAAAAGGGCAUUAAGGCGCGUAUUCUUGAGACCUUUGUGAUGCUCUUCCUGCUGGCUUUGCUCAUCCUGGGCAUCGUGUGGGUGGCGUCAGCACUCAUCGACAAUGACGCAGCCAGUAUGGAGUCCCUCUACGAUCUUUGGGAGUUCUACUUACCGUACCUCUACUCUUGUAUAUCUCUGAUGGGGGGACUGCUUUUGUUAAUGUGCACUCCUGUGGGAUUGUCCAGGAUGUUCACCGUCAUGGGCCAGUUGCUAGUGAAGCCAACAAUCCUGGAGGACCUGGAUGAGCAGAUUUACUGCAUCCAUUUGCAGGAGGAAGCCCUUCAGAGGAGAUUAAACGGAUCGUCCUCAUACACUUAUACUCGAGGAAGCUUUGCUCACCAGCUCAACAAAGAACUGGACAAUAUUAGAAAUCAGAGAAAUAAAUUGGAGAGAAGAAAGAAGGCAUCAGGUUGGGAGAAGAACUUGCUGUAUCCCAUAGUGAUGCUGAUCCUGCUCUCAGGAACGACAAUCUCAGUUCUUAUGGUGGCACUGAAUAUCCUCUACCUUCUAGUGGAUGAGACUGCCAUGCCCAAGGGAUCCACAGACCGAAACAUUGGGAACACUUCUCUCUCCACAUUUGGCGUGGCUCAUGCGGCGCUGGAGAUCAUCCUCAUGUUCUACUUGAUGGUGUCUUCUGUCGUUGGCUUCUAUAGCCUGCGUGUCUUUGAGGGACUCACUCCCAGGAAGGAUGACACAACCAUGACAACGAUCAUUGGUUGCUGUGUGUCAAUCUUGGUCCUGAGUUCAGCCCUGCCAGUGAUGUCCAGAACGCUAGGUAUCACCAGGUUUGAUCUCUUGGGAGAUUUUGGGCGAUUUAAUUGGCUGGGGAACUUUUACAUUGUCCUUUCAUACAACAUGCUGUUUGCUGUCGUGACAACACUUUGUCUGGUGAGAAAAUUCACCUCAGCAGUACGGGAAGAGCUCCUAAAGGCCUUAGGUCUGGAUAAAUUGCAACUGUCAAACAGCCCCACAGACCCUGAAUCUGGGAAGCUCUCGGCCAACGGGCAUCAGAAAACUCUGUGAAAGGGACGACAGAUCAACACACACAGGCACGCACACGCACACAUGCAUACACACACACAUGCACACACACACACGCACACCCACACCUUAGCAUAGCCAAAGGGAGAUUUCAACAGUACUGCCUGACUGCUGAAAGGUGAAAGGGAUUGAAGGAACUUAAUAAACCCAGGCAGUGUCUGACGGAUGCUGCAAAUGGAGGCUGAGAGCAAUUUAGCUUCGUGACAUUCCAUCCUCUGCAUCUCGGAUGGAAGCUGGGACAGAGCCAGGGAUGCGACUGAGGAGUGAAAUAGACUGGCAUCACUGCAGUGACCUUGAUGUUGACCUCAACUGCGACUGUGACUUUAAACCACCCGUCUCUUGCUUCAGGACACUCUUCCCCCCCAGCAUUGCUACUUGGUAUUCUUCUACAACCGCCUCAAGCUGCACUAGACAAAAGCAAGAGGGUACAGCAGGUGAAACAAUGCACCUUCUGUCUUUUUUUUAAGUCUUACAUCUAACUAAAAGGCAGUGGGUUCUUUUUCCAUCACACUGCUCUUCCACUGUAUUCAGCAUAGUAAAUAGGCCCCCACAGUUCCGUUAGAUUCAUUUUCUAAUGUCAGAAUGUCCAUGGUAAUCGAUGAGCACUUGCAGUUUAUGGUCUCUAAUCGUUGGUCGCUAAUUGCUGUGUGAACUGGUACAGGCAUGAUAAGGUGAAAAUUUGUCAUUUUUGAUUUAAGCUCAAAAUGUGAAAAUAACAAAAUGUGCUUUGUGAAGUAUGAAAGAAGUCACUUAUUCACACACAUCACAGCCAGUACGUAAAACUGCACAGAAUCAAUACAGUUCACAUUGUAUGCAUUGGCACUCUCGUUACUGAUGGGCCUCAGAUUUUAGCACUCGUGCUGUCAUUUGUCUUUUUUAUUUGGCUUUACUCAAGUGCGCUUUAACUUUAUUGAUGAUGUCAUUAGUUUGUACGAAGUAGGGUAAGAACUUUUUUUUUUAGGUGCUCCAGAUUUGACUUGAGCUAAUCUACAAAUGAGAAACUAUAUGGGAGUUUUAUUCACUUCAGUCCCAAUGAGCAGGAUGCUUUAGUGCAUUUGGAGCUGAGCCUGUGGUUGUAUUUCCUAAAAUUUUAUUAUGCACAUGGUAAGAAAAUGUCAUCAUAUUUUUGCUGAUCCCCCAAAAAAAUAUUUUAAAUUUACAGGGCACAGAAAGAUUCAUCAGAUUUGUCUUUUUUGCAAAUGUUAUAUUUACAUGUACAUAUUAUAUUGUGUUUCAUACCUCUUUUGCAUUAUUUGGAUGUAAAUAUUGGGUUCUCAGUGAGCCCACUGAGGGGCUGACUCACUAAGCAAUCUGUAUUUUGUUGGACAUAUAUUUUUUUUAAUAAACAUCUAAAUCAAAGGCAAACCUGUAACAGUCUUCACAUACAGAGUGCAUGUGUGAAAAAUGUGUGCAGAUGGUAGAAAGACUUGGUGACUCAGGCCCCACUUACAUGUCGUCGUAUUGCUGCAUAAUCUUCUGAACUGUGAUGUUCUUUGUGUCCAGAACCACCUUAAAUGCCUUAUACGACAAGUAUCUCACAGGCUUAAUGUUAAGGUUGUUUCUUGUUCUGUGUAGUCUGUCUAUGUGCAUGUACAUAAGUGUACAUGCACAUUGUUUGUCUCUUGACAGUUCCACUGUGAUCCACUGUACACCACUGAGUUUCUAGUCUAAAGCCAGCUACAUAUAACGUGCAUUUUUUUUUGCCAUGAAUGUUGUCACAGACUCAUUCAUUACCCAUAAAACUGGAGCACUUGCUAGGAUUGAGUUGAGUGGUCAAAUGAUGUUGUUUUUACGGUGUUAUAGAUGUCAUGUGUUUUUAUGGUGACUAAUAUGACACGAUGAUGACAAAAGAAAAGGAAAUAAGAAAAUUUUGAUUUAUAUAUGCAUUUAAAACUUUUGUUUCUCAGGACAGGGAAUGUUUUACAUCAAAGCUGUCUGCCAUUGGUUGUUGCUAUAUUACAAAGACUGGAUCGAAGGACAAAUUCUCAAUCAAACAACUGAUAGUAAAGUCAACUUCCCAAGUGAGCUAAUUGGACCUGAGAAGGGUGGGCUGUACAUGUAACGGUUCUUACCAUCCCAAACCUAAAGCAGGACCUGGUUUCUAAUUUGAAAGAUAUCAUUGCAAGAGUCCAGGUUACCCAAAUUCUUUACUAACAGAAACGUUUGGUAGUUUUCUAGUAUGUUGUAUGCUAUUUCAUGCUCAUACUGCUAUCUUCAGCUAUUUUAUUGAUGUUAGGAGCAUGCUGAUCAUUAGAUACUGUGAAAAAUCGAGAUGGCACAAAGUGAUAUGGUAAAGCAAAAGGGAUAUAUAUAAAUAAAAGGAUUGUAUUACAUGAUCUGGCUGAACUACAAUCACCAAAAUGGCUCAAUGGAUUUUAUACAUCUCCAUCACAGUUGUGCUUCCAUCCACUCAGCUGCAGGCUGUGGUAACACUGGACUCUGGCAGGGAAGCAUCACACCCCUAAUAACACAUCACAAUCAUACUCCUCACAGUAGCUUCUGAGGUGAGAGCUGAUGGGUCCGUUUUCUAUUCAAGUAAGCUUUUCUGGUUGCCUUUAUGGUACAUCUGUGUUGUGUGGGGGGUUCAAAAGUUGAGAGUUGGCCUGUAGUGUAAGUGAAGCAGCUUUUAUUUCUGUCUGUCUGUCAGUUGGUCUCUGCAUGUAAUUUUUGGUACAUGUCUUGUGAAUGUAUUUUUUUACAAUUUCUCAGUUUGCUAAAUUUAUGUUGUUAUUUUUGAUGUUUAUG